AGGAUGGUCUCCAUCUCUUGACCUUGUGAUCCACCUGCCUCGGCCUCCCAAGUGCUGGGAUUACAGGCAUGAGCCACUAUGCCUGGUCUUUUGUUUCUCCCUACCAGCCUACCCGCAAUGAGUUUUCCAGGCUAGGAAUCUGCUUUGUGAUUUUAAAAGUUGGGAGUGCAGCCUGCUUCAUAGAAGACCUGGGCCAUGGAAAUCUGGCCUGCACGUGGCUGUCUGUUGUGUCCACACCAGCACCCACCUCCCCAGACCAGGGAAACCCCUUCUGGGAAGGGGGAGCGCCAGAAAAUACUUUGGAGGACCUUGGGACCUUGUGUGAGAUGUAUUGAAUCCUGAUUCAUCAGCUCUGACCACUCCUCACCCCAGCCCUACUUGUAUUGUAUAUCCAAAUCCUAUCUAGAAGUCUAUACGGAAUUCACCAGUAUACCCUGCCUUCAAAAUUCCAAAUUGUUGAACUCCUGCCUGCCUUUCUGCUCCAUCUCAUCAGAAAACUUUUCACAGCAGGAGUGCUACCCUCUUCCCUUCAGUUAUACAGGAUUAAUGUGAUCCCUAGUUUGUAACCGGAGCCCCUUUGUGAGCAGACCUGGAGACCCCUCCUCAUAGAAUUACAUCACAGAAAGGAUGACAUAAAGCUCAGCCCAGGCACUCUUGUUAACUCCAUGCGUCUGAAAGCCCUCAGCUCCAUUAAGCUGUGUUCCUGGACCGCCUGGGGGCCUGUGCCUAUGUACUGCUCCAUCUCUCCCAUGUUUCAGGCUUCAUCCGUGGCUCUGGAUUUCUGCGCCAGGAGAUGAGGGUCGGUAGAGCCCUGGAAUGGAGAUGUCCUUGACACCUGGGCAGAGGCUGCAGCUGCAGGACCCUGUGGCCACUGGAGAUAAGUAAUGGUGCCAUUUGAACACCUACUGGAAACGGGGCAGGAACAGUGAGUGACCCCAGGCGAGCACAGGCAGGCGCCAGGAGCCAGGAUGCAAGGAUGACGCCUCCGGAGGCCCUGGCCUCCCUCCCACCUAGGUGCUAGGAGCCAUCCCGGGGCUCCAGCCAGGAGCCCUGCUGCCCAGGGGCAUGGCCAAACCUUUCUUCCGACUCCAGAAGUUUCUCCGCCGAACACAGUUCCUGCUGUUCUUCCUCACGGCUGCCUACCUGAUGACUGGCAGCCUGCUGCUGCUGCAGCGGGCCCGUGUGGCCCUCCCACAGGGUCCCCGGGCGCCCGGCCCCCUGCAGACCUUGCCAGUGGCCGCCGUGGCGCUGGGCGUGGGCUUGCUGGACAGCAGAGCCCUGCACGACCCUCGAGUCAGCCCAGAGCUGCUGCUGGGUGUGGACAUGCUGCAGAGCCCCCUGACCCGGCCCCGGCCCGGCCCCCGCUGGCUCCGGAGCCGCAACUCGGAGCUGCGUCAGUUGCGUCGCCGCUGGUUCCACCACUUCAUGAGUGACUCCCAGGGACCGCCCGCCCUGGGCCCUGAGGCUGCCAGGCCCGCCAUCCACAGCCGAGGUUCAAGUGAUUCUCCUGCCUCAGCCUCUGGAGUAGCUGGGAUUACAGGUGUGUGCUACCACAUCCAGCUAAUUUUUGGCAUCUACAUUGGAUGCUUCAGUGACGAUGGCCACGAGAGGACUCUGAAAGGAGCUGUGUUUUAUGACUUGAGAAAGAUGACUGUCUCCCACUGCCAGGAUGCGUGUGCUGAGCGGUCCUAUGUCUACGCCGGCUUGGAGGCCGGGGCGGAGUGUUACUGCGGGAACCGGCUGCCAGCGAUGAGCGUCGGGCUGGAAGAGUGUAACCAGGAGUGCAAAGGCGAGAAGGGCUCUGUGUGCGGGGCUGUGGACCGGCUCUCCGUGUACCGUGUGGACGAGCUGCAGCCGGGCUCCAGGAAGCGGCGGACCGCCACCUACCGCGGAUGCUUCCGACUGCCAGAGAACAUCACACAUGCCUUCCCCAGCUCCCUGAUACAGGCCAAUGUGACCGUGGAGACUUGCUCGGGCUUUUGUUCCCAGAAAGAGUUCCCCUUGGCCAUUCUCAGGGGCUGGGAAUGCUACUGUGCUUACCCUACCCCCCAGUUCAACCUGCGUGAUGCCAUGGACAGCUCAGUAUGUGGCCAGGACCCUGAGGCACAGAGGCUGGCAGAAUACUGUGAGGUCUACCAGACACCUGUGCAAGACACUCGUUGUACAGACAGGAGGUUCCUGCCUAACAAAUCCAAAGUGUUUGUGGCUUUGUCAAGCUUCCCAGGAGCCGGGAACACAUGGGCACGGCACCUCAUUGAGCACGCCACUGGCUUCUAUACAGGGAGCUACUACUUUGAUGGAACCCUCUACAACAAAGGGUUCAAGGGCGAAAAGGACCACUGGCGGAGCCGACGCACCAUCUGUGUCAAAACCCACGAGAGUGGCAGGAGGGAGAUUGAGAUGUUUGAUUCAGCCAUCCUGCUAAUCCGGAACCCAUACAGGUCCCUGGUGGCGGAAUUCAACAGAAAAUGUGCCGGGCACCUGGGAUAUGCAGCUGACCGCAACUGGAAGAGCAAAGAGUGGCCGGACUUUGUCAACAGCUACGCCUCGUGGUGGUCCUCGCACGUCCUGGACUGGCUCAAGUACGGGAAGCGGCUGCUGGUGGUGCACUACGAGGAGCUGCGGCGCAGCCUGGUGCCCACGUUGCGGGAGAUGGUGGCCUUCCUCAACGUGUCUGUGAGCGAGGAGCGGCUGCUCUGCGUGGAGAACAACAAGGAGGGCAGCUUCCGGCGGCGCGGCCGGCGCUCCCACGACCCUGAGCCCUUCACCCCGGAGAUGAAAGACUUGAUCAAUGGCUACAUCCGGACGGUGGACCAAGCCCUGCGCGACCACAACUGGACGGGGCUGCCCAGGGAGUAUGUGCCCAGAUGAUAGGCCUGGCCCACGCUGCCGCCCCCGCUGAGUGACGCAAUUGCACCAUGGGGCUGCGCUCCCCACUCUCAUGCUCAGGCCCGUGGCCUCACUGGGAUGAACGGUGGGUGGGGGGCCCACCCUGGUGCUGCCUCCCGCACAAGGAGACCUGGACACAACAGACACACAUCACAAAGCGAACACAAAAGGACACACAUACCUGGCCACGAACCCACACCUCCUCAGACACUCAGACACCACUCCAGGCUCAUAGCCCCGUCUUGACGCAGAGAAGCCACCCACGUGGGGUGUGCCAGGCGCCCCCAGAUACAAACGCAGCCACGCACAGACGUAACACACAGGUGCCAGGCCGUGUGCUCCUGGAGGCUGGCUGGCUGGCUGUCUCUCACACAGAUACACGUGUGCUCCCUGGGAUCCAGGAGGCCCUGGGCUUCCUGUGUCUAGCCCUGGCAUAGACUUGCUCGUCAGGGUGUUUGACUCUGGGAUGCUGGGCCGGGCAGACAUUUAUGCUCUGAGCAGCAAGGACCGUUGGGAUGGAGGUGGGCACAAAGACUGCUGCUUCCAGGGUGUGCGGCCCUGGCCGUGUGUCUGACAUCCCAUAAAUGUGUGUGUGGUGUGACUACGGGCACCACAAACUCUGCAGCCUUGCCUCUCUUUUCUCUGUGGCUGGGCUGGCUGCACCAUGGGCAGGGUUGAGGACUGCCCCCCACCCCGCCUAAGCCAAUGCAGACACUGACCUCAAGACCAGCCACAUUAAGUCUGUGCACUGCCCACCACCCCCUUCAACCCCUCCUACACCAUGCUCCGGGGCCUGGGGCCUCCUUGCCUGGCUUCUUCCUCCAACUAUCCUCAGGGAAGUUGGAGAUUCAAGUCAUGCCCCAGAAGCAAGGUGUAAGCAUGGGGGCGUGGGGAAGAGGGCAGGAGCUGAAGUUCCAGGGGAGCCCAGGACCCCUGGGGACCUGUACACCAGCAGGAUGGGUCUUGGGAGUUGGCAUGGGGAGAUUGUAAGGGCUGUAUCUCCGAGAUUACUGGUACUGGUGCUCCACCCAUAGGGGCCCUGUUCUCUCUGGGGUCCCACACUGGGGUCACGAGAGCUAAUUAGUACUCAGCCUGACCCCUAGGUCCGGCCCUGCCAGCCUGGGAUGGGGGUCAACGUAUGCUACACAUCUUGGGCUCACGAGUGAGGCUGUGGAGGCCAGGAGGUUCAAGUAUGGAGGGUAGGAGUGCAACCCAGGAGCAACGCUCAAGGUGGCUGAGAUGCAGGGAGGACUGUGGUGAUCCGGUUGCACACUGGCCCCUGUGGAGGUCAGGGAGGUGGGAAGGUGGGUGGGCCUGAACUCAGGCAGCCCCUCAGUGGCUUCUUCAGGCCUAGGAUAACCCUGGCCAGGCCCCAUGGUCCUGCUCUGGGUCAGCUGUCAGGGAGACCUCCCCUCAGCCUGAGCCAAGCUGCACUGGGAGGAGAAGGCAGGGUGAGGGAUCUGGGAGAGCAGGACGUUGAGAUAUCCUGACCCUCUGCUUCCUAGCCUGAUGAUGGGGAACCCAGAGCCACCCGCUAUGAGCACAGGUCAGGGGUGGAAGGCCCAGUAGAGCUGCCCUUCUCCAGAUGGAAGCUUCCUCCAACCUUCAGUUUGGCCAGUGGGUGGGUUUGGGCAUCUGUGCCUCCAAAUCCUUCCUGGGAUUCCCCCAAACCCACACUGAUGUGAAGCUGUUCUUGACCCUCCCAUAGCAUCAACUCAGUUCAGAUCAAAGCUAGAAACACCAAGGUCUUUGAAAAUGUUUAUUGGCUCAGGAUAGCUUCAGCAUCCAAUCUGCAAAGGCCCCUGAUGGGGCUAUUUCUUCCUAGUAUUAGGAGCAACUGAGACCCCUCAGGAGUUUCCACACUGCUGUGGACAGGGUAGCCAGGGCAGACCUGCAUCCCAGAGCAAGCCUAGAUCCUUGAAAGCGAUGGCAGGCGUGGCAGCGGGGAAGCCAUGGAGGCUGGGAAGGCCAAAGUGUGGAGAGAGGAGUGACCGGGACUGGAGCCGGGGUCUAGGGACAGCAACAGCACCAGGCUUUUCCUGGUAGUUGGAUUGGUACAUUCACUGCUGCCAGGUACCCAGAGAUGUCAUCUCUCUCCAGGUAGAGUGUCACCAGCUCCUGUGGCCUUGUAGAUGACUGUGUACCUCAGUGAAGAGUGCAGGCAAGUAGAAUGAUGGGGUCGGUGUCCAUCCAGUUUACGCUGAGUCAGUCCAUACGGCAAGACACCUGGCACUUGGCAGGUACUCCCGGAUGUUGAUCAGCAAGGGAGAGCAAAGGCCCUGUCACCUGGCAGUGGUCCUCACAGCCUUCAUCCCAGGUCUGCCUACGUGGGAGAUCUCAUCAGAAACAGGAACGGGGAUCUGUCUGUGCUUGCAGGAAAGUCCAUUUGUCUUUCUCCAAGUUAGGUCUCAUCUACAGCUCUUAGCUUCUCAGUAAAGAGGAUACUCUCCCAACCAGCCAAGGAAUAAAAGCUGAUCUGUAUGUAGGGCAGAAGUGUGGCAAAUGCAUCAGGAACCGGUUAGAACAGAACAGAGAAACCCUGACUGUCUACAGAUUCCAACUUUAAUAGCAAGCCUGCGGAGUUACACAAACCUGUGUUAAAACAUGUAAUUUUUAUGGAUUUCAUCUCCUGUUGUGGAUCAAUUUGGAAAAACCAAAAUAUGUAAUUUUAAAAAACUAAAACACAUUCUGGUAAUCCCAGUGAUGUGUAAAUGAGAGAGAAGAAUAGACAGGCUUCCAAACCCUGGGAAGAAAGCUGCUUGAUUAUGUGAACAUCGUAUAAUGAAGUCUCUUGCAGCUAAAAUUAGAUUUUGAGUGCAUGAAUCUGUGAUAAUGUUUGCAUAUCAGAAUGCAUUCUCCCCUUAAAAGUAGCAAUAGCCACUUGGUUCUUAGGGGGCCCCAAGAGGAGAGGAGAAGUGCUGAGGUUGAUGUUACGACUGCAAGAAUUCUUGGGACACAGGUUUGUUUUCUGCUGACUUGCUUGGAAACCCAUUGGAGGUAUCUGAAAUGUGAUGACUCCAAAGGGGUUCAUUUCACUAUAGGGAGAAAUUGAUUCAUCUGACCUCCUAUUUAUCACCACUCAAUAUUGGGUGAGUUGGUCUGAACAAGGUAGGGAUAAAGUAGAGUGGAAAUAAUGUAGAGUCGUCAGACUGAAAGGCCAGGAUGUAGUCCCAGCUCUUAUCUGCCAUCUUGGACAAAGCUUUUCCCAUCUCCAGUCUCAGUUUCCCAUCCAUAAAAUGGGUGAAGUGGUAGGUCUUGCUGAUUGCAUCCACAUUCAUUCCUCCAUUUCCUUUCCCAGCAACCCCCCAUUUCUGUUUGGGAAUUCAUAUGAUCUGCCAGAGCCUCUCCAGGGGUGGAAUACAUGUCCUGGACUAAGCCAAUGACACCUUCCAUCUUUCCAGCUAUGGUGACUGGGUUAGGUAUGAUCUUGUGAGUUAAGGCAAUGAAGCCAGAGGGAAUUUCAAGACUUUUGGGAAUGCUGGGUAGAAGCUGUUUUAAUUCCCUUGUUGAAUGUGAAAAAGGUAGUAGUAUUCCUGGGUCUUUAUGAUGACCACCUUGGGCCUUGGGAUCAUGACCAGGAAUCACGUGAAGCUGACACCACUGAAGGGAGAGUUGAGAGGCAGAAAGAAAUCAAGUCCUUGGUGAAAUUGUUUAAGUACAGGAUCAAGCCUUGCCUGAGAUUGGCCUUACCUCUGGACUUUUUUUGUUAUAUGAGCUAAUAAAUUCUGUUUAUUGUUUAA